UGCAUUAUGUCCUCCUCCUAAGCAAGCUUCUCAACGUUCAAGGGGAUACAAGGCUCUCUCUUCUUUUUUCUUCUCUUCUCUUCUCUCUCUCUCUCUCUCACACACACACACACACACACUGAAAAUGGAUGUGGCACUAGGGUCAAUUGUGGUCUCCUUUGCUGUGAUUGCAUUGGUGAUGUGGGCAUGGAGGGUACUGAACUGGUUGUGGUUGAAACCAAAAAGACUAGAGAGGUGCCUCAGAGAGCAAGGUCUCAGUGGAAAUCCUUACAGGGUUUUUUAUGGAGACAUGAAAGAGAUGAGAAUGAUAGUGAAAGAAGCAAAAUCUAGACCUAUCAACUUGUCUGAUGAUAUUCUUCCAAGAGCCAUGCCAUUCCAUCAUCAUAUUAUCAAGAAAUAUGGUAAGAAUUCAUUCAUGUGGGUUGGGCCUGUGCCCAGAGUGAACAUAAUGGAGCCAGAGCUAAUUAAAGAGAUUUUGAGUAAGAAUGAUGUUUUUAAAAAGGCAAAACCAAACCCACUUGCCAGGCUUCUCAUUGGAGGCAUUGCUUUCUAUGAGGAUGAGCAAUGGGCCAAGCAUAGAAAGAUUCUCAACCCUGCUUUCCAUGUGGAGAAGUUGAAGAACAUGUUGCCUGCAAUGUAUCUGUGUUGUAGCCAGAUGAUGAGCAAAUGGGAAAUGUUGCUCUCAAAAAAGAGUUCAUGUGAUCUAGAUGUGCAGCCCUAUCUUGACAAUCUGACAGGUGAUGUGAUUUCUCGAACAGCAUUUGGGAGUAGCUAUGAAGAAGGUAGAACUUUAUUCGAACUUCAAAAAGAACAAGCUGAGCUUACUCGCCAAAUUGUGCAAUCAGUUUACAUUCCAGGAUGGAGAUUUCUACCUACAAAGAUAAACAAGAGAAUGAAAGAAAUCAACAAUGAACUGGUAGCCAUCAUGAGUGAAAUGAUCAUCAAAAGAGAAAGAUCCAUGAAGUUGGGAGUAGCCGGCCAAGACGAUGACCUGUUGAGUUUGCUACUGACAUCAAAUAUGAGAGAAAUACAAGAACAUGGAAACAACAAAGACAUGGGAAUGAGUUUUGAAGAGGUGAUUGAAGAUUGCAAGGCAUUUUAUUUUGCUGGGCAAGAGAGCACCUCCAAUUUCCUAUUGUGGACUAUGGUUUUGUUGAGCAUUCACCCAGAGUGGCAAGUCCGUGCAAGAGAAGAGGUUUGGAAAGCUUUCCGAAACAACAAACCAGACUUCGAUGGGUUAAACCACCUUAAAAUUGUAACAAUGAUUAUGAACGAGGUUCUAAGGUUGUACCCUCCAGCAGCCACUGUCAUCCGAACCAUAAACAAAGACACAAAACUAGGAAACAUGACUCUGCCACUGGGAAUCGAGUUACUGCUGCCAAUAAUCCUCGUUCACAGUGACCAUGAUAUUUGGGGUAAAGAUGCAACAAAGUUCAAACCCGAGAGAUUUUCACAAGGCAUAGCAAAUGCGACAAAGAAUCAACAAGUCUCAUAUUUGCCAUUUAGUUGGGGUCCCAGAAUAUGCAUUGCGAACAACUUUGCACUAAUUGAGGCUAAACUUGCUUUAGUUAUGAUUCUUCAACGCUUCUCAUUUAAGCUUUCUCCAUCUUACACUCAUGCCCCUACAUAUGCAGUGAACCUCCGACCCCAGCAUGGAGCUCACUUGACUUUGUCCAAAAUUUAAUUUGUGUCUCAUUUCAUAAAUAAGUUUCGCAGUUAAUUUUUUUUUUUUUAAUAACAUAUCUAUGACCAAUGCGUCUAGAAAAAAUAUUUCAGAAAAAUGUUCAGAAUUUGAAUUUAAAUUAUAGAUUUGAAAUUUGUGUGGUGCAGGUUGCACACACUCACGAAGAAUCUGAUUCUUUACAAAUGUCAAAUUCUGAAUAUUUUUUUGAUUUGAUUUGAUUUUUCUUGUGUGUAUUAUGUAAUACUACUGAUAACAUAUUGGGUGUGUUUGUACAUGACAAUCCAAGGGUUUGUGACCUUUUGUGAUUCUGUUUAAGAACUCUGUAAGAACAUAUAUUAAUGACAUGAAAACUGGCAUAGGAAUGCCCAACGAUCAAAGGCUUG